AUGGACAAUUGGUACAUGAGCAUUCCUUCGGCCAAUGAAUUAUUAAAAAAUCACAAAUUGACAUGCGUUGGAACUCUUCGAAAAGAUAAGCGUGAAACUCCACAAGAAUUUCCGCCAAAUAAAAAUAGGCCCCUGUACUCUUCACUUUUUGGGUUCAGAGCUAAAGAAUUAACUCUUACAUCAUAUGUUCCAAAAAAGAAUAAAUCAGUUCUUGUUCUAUCAUCCAUGCAUGAGGAUAAUCAAAUUGAUCUAUUGUCAAAAGAGCAGCUCAAGCCCGAAAUAACUUUUUACAACUCUACAAAAGGUGGUGUUGAUACUGUAGAUGAGUUAUGUGGAAAUAAAUUACUCAGUUUCAAGAAAAUGCAACCGUUGGCCUCUUAA